AUGGUUGUGUGUUUUCUUGCCUGUGCAGAAGAUGGCUACAAUAAUGAUGGAACCGGUGAACUGGAAUCAUUUAAUAUUACUUGCAACUCAUCUAGGGCUAUCUCACAUUUUGCCUAUGGAAUUACUGCAAAUAUGGCUGCUGUAUUUUUGUAUGGAAGCAACUUCGUUCCUGUCAAAAGAGUAGAGACUGGUGAUGGUAUGUUUUUUCAGUGGGUUCAGUGUGCAGCAAUAUGGGUUGUAUCUAUGUUUGGAGACUUGAUGCUUCAGUCACCCAAGUUCUGCCCAUUUGCAAUGCUUGGAGGUGUGCUUUGGGCCACAGGUAUUGUGGAAGUUGAGGGUUUUGGGCUGAUCUUUUUCUUUGUGAAAGCGGAUGUAGAGCUACUUCACAGUUCAGAAACAAUUCCAUUACUGAUUGACAGAAGAACAAAUUCAGGAAGCGAUGGACAAAAUUCCUCUGAAUCCUGGAUAGACACCAUUGGACCAAAGAGCAAACGAUUCAUUGGUUUUCUCCUUGCUGUUGUGGCGGGCCUCAUGUAUGCUUUCUCCAUCAUACCGGUCCUGUACAUUAAGAGCAAUUCUGUGCAGCAUGACAGCAUGUUCUAUGAAUCCAGUGUCUACGAUCUCGACUAUGUUCAUGCACACUGCUGUGGUAUUUUCAUUGCAAGCACUGUGUACUUUGCCAUCUACUGCGCUGCCAUGAAUACAAAGCCGAAGCUUUACUCCAGAGCUGUACUUCCAGGUAGAACAUUAUUUCUGAAAAGGCACUCUUCCAAAGCCUAUUGUAUGGCCAAUAACUACCUGAAUUCUGUCAUUACAUUUCCAAUUAUCACAGCGGGCUAUGGUCUGGUUGCUGCUCUGUGGGGGUGCCUGGUGUUUAAAGAGAUUAAGGGCUUGGCGAACUGCCUGAUCUUCUCAUUGGCCUCAUGUGUUGUGCUGACCGGAUCUGUGCUGACUGCCGUAUCAAAUCUUUAA